AUGUACAACACACAUCGCGGGAUGGUGCCCGCCCCCAACUCCCGUCUGACGGAGUUGCUGGAUCAACUGCGCCAGGAGUUCGAGACCCAAACGCGAAGCACCGGUGAAUUUGAGCACCAGUUAACCGGGCAGCUCCAAGAAAUGGAGAUGAUCCGCCAGAAGGUGUAUCAGCUAGAGCAAACCCAGAUCAAGAUGAAGCAAGACUACGAAACCGAGAUCCGCAUGUUGCGACACGAACUCGAGUCGCGCGGUGUGCAACCCGUCGCCUCUCAUAUUGCGCCUGCUCAGCACUCGGGCCCCCAGGCGCAGCCGCCUUCUCUGGGCCACGGCCCCAGCAACUUGUUCGGUGGCAUCAUGGCCAAUCAAGGAGGUAGUGGUCCCGGUCUUGCCCCUCCCCCGUCCCAGGAUCAGCAGCAUUCCCAGCAUACCCUUCAACAGCCUGCCUCGGCCACCCAGCCCGGUGCGCCGCAACCCCCGCAGAGCUCUUUUGGAGGAUAUCCGCCCGGUGCUGCUGUGAACGGCUAUGGUCCCCCUCCCCCUCCUACCGCAUCUCCUGGUCCUGGUAAGGGCCGCCGAGCUGCCCCUGGCCCGGCCACUCCUCAGCAGACUCAGCUUGCCUACCCAGAUCCCCGCGCAUCACCCCAGAUCCCUCGACCCACGCCGCCGAACCAGUCCUCGCUCGUUCGCACCGAGCGUAUCGGUAACAUGCUCGCGAAUUGGAACCCCGAGGACCUGCCCGCGUCCCAGAAGCGCGAGGGUCCCGAUUGGUAUGCUGUUUUCAACCCAGAGGUACAGCGUGUGCUGGACGUUGAGUUGGUGCACCACCUCAACCACGACAGCGUGGUUUGCUGUGUUCGCUUCAGUCGUGACGGCAAGUAUCUGGCAACGGGUUGCAACCGCUCUGCACAGAUCUUCGACGUGAACACUGGUCAGAACGUCGCGACGCUGCAGGAUGAGAAUGUCGACAAAGAUGGUGAUUUGUAUAUCCGCAGCGUCUGCUUCAGCCCUGACGGCAAGUAUCUGGCUACCGGUGCCGAAGACAAGCAGAUUCGGGUCUGGGAUAUCGCGAACCGCUCUAUCAAGCACAUCUUCUCGGGCCACGAGCAAGAUAUUUACUCUCUCGACUUCGCUGGCAACGGUCGCUACAUUGCCUCUGGCAGUGGUGACAAGACCGUGCGUCUCUGGGACAUCCUGGAUGGCAAGCUCGUCUACACCCUCAGUAUCGAAGAUGGUGUCACCACGGUCGCCAUGUCGCCCGAUGGCCAUUACGUCGCGGCCGGAUCGCUCGAUAAGAGCGUGCGUGUGUGGGAUACUACCACGGGAUACCUAGUGGAGCGUCUGGAGAACCCCGACGGUCACAAGGACAGUGUAUACUCGGUUGCUUUUGCACCCAACGGCCGCGACCUGGUCAGUGGCAGUCUCGACAAGACCAUCAAGUUGUGGGAGCUCACCGUCCCGCGGGGCAUGCACCCCCACAGCGGCGUCAAGGGCGGCAAGUGCGUCCGGACAUUCGAGGGCCACAAGGACUUUGUGCUCAGUGUAUGCCUGACCCCCGAUGGCCAGUGGGUGAUGAGUGGCUCGAAGGAUCGCGGCGUCCAAUUCUGGGAUCCCGUUACCGGCAACGCUCAGAUGAUGCUCCAGGGCCACAAGAACUCCGUUAUCUCGGUCGCCCCCGCUCCCACCGGCAAUCUUUUCGCAACCGGCAGUGGAGACAUGCGUGCACGGAUCUGGAGAUACUCGAACUACUCUGGACGGUAA